GAGUUUUCCAGAAGUUUCCUAGCAACCGCUGACGCUGAUGUCACUGUGUGCGGACAUAUUGCUCGAGCUCUCCAGCGAUAAAAGUGCACCUGUUGAAAUGGAUGUAUUAUCUGAAGCGAAGUCUAAACCGCUUUCCACGCUGUCAGUAUUCAGCUUUAUACCUCCCAGAAGGACAGAGCCCAGAGAAAUGCGAUAUUUCAACUGCAGCCCCAAGGCCCCAGAGAGGUCUCUGUAUGACUGCUUACACCAGAGCACUGAGGACUACGAUAACAAACUCCACCGUGAUGACAGAAAACACACCAAAUCCCGGGGCCUGGACAUCUUCAGUGAGGAGUCGUCUAGACCAGCACCGGUUCUGUCCUCAUCUGUGUAUGGCCGAUUUCCCCCGCUGCCGUACGACUCGGGGAGGAGCUUUGCUCGUGUUGCUCACAUUCGUUCUGAUUUCUACAGUAAGAAUGGGAUCACCUGGACCGUGGAGGAAGGCUUUGGAUCUGUGGCACCCGUCUAAAUUUGUCUCUAACAUCUGGUCACAAUCUGUCACUGCACAUUACUGUCAAUGUCAAAAAACAAAUGUCUGAUGCUACAGGCAGAGCAGAUUGUUACUAUCAUCUAUACAGUAUAAUAUAUUAAUCACAUGAAUGUCUUUAUGUUACAUGGUGAAUAAAAACAUUGUC